AGGAUUCCUGUUUGGAUUAUGUAUUGAUCAAAUCUGGAACAAUACAAGUAGCUUAGGUAGCAUCAUCAUCAUCAUUAUCAUCUGUUAGCUUAGGAAAUCUGAAGCUUCUGCUUGUGAUGGUGUAUUAUCAAGACUGUGUUGUUCAUAUCAAAAUGAUGGGCAGCAACAAUAACAGUAACCUGCCACCUAUUUUCAUUGACGACAAUCAGUUGCAAUACCACACUAAUGCAUCAAAUCAACUUCAGUUGUUUGGGAAUCUACCAGUUGGAUAUAAGAUGGAUUCUAUAAAUUAUUUUGGUAAUGACCAUAAUAAUACUCCUGCCCUUCAACCCAACAAGAGAAGCAGCAGGGAAGCAGAAAAUAUAUCAUUACAGCAGAAGCUUCAGAUUUCCCUUAACUAUAAUAAUAUGUAUAAUGACGAAACUGAUCGAUCAGCUAGCAUUCCAAUCAAGAAUCCUGUAUCAACCGGUUUGAGGUUGUCGUAUGAUGAUGAUGAACGCAAUUCAUCUGUUACUUCUGCUAGUGGGAGCAUGACAGUAGUAGCACCUUCAAUGAUGAUGUCUCUUGGCGAUCACGUUAGGAAUGAACUUGAUCGACAAAAUGAAGAACUUGAUCAGUAUAUCAAGAUUCAGGAAGAAAACCUUGCAAAGGGAGUGAGAGACAUGAAGCAGAGACAUAUGGCAUCAUUCUUGUCUUCCAUAGAGAAAGGAGUCACCAAGAAACUACGUGAGAAAGAUAUGGAAAUAGAAGGUAUAAAUCGAAAGAACAAAGAUUUGGUUGAGAAAAUAAAGCAGGUUGCUAGUGAAGCCCAAAAUUGGCACUACAGAGCUAAGUACAACGAGUCAAUUGUAAACGUUCUAAAAAAUAACCUCCAGCAUGCAAUUUCACAAGGUGCGGCGGCUGAUCAAGCCAAAGAAGGAUUCGGUGACAGUGAGGCUGAUGAUGCAGCCUCUUACAUUCCGGGUUCAACUGGGAAUGCCCAUUUUGUGAACAGCAUGAUCUGCAGAGGGUGCAAGAAGAAAGAGGUAUGUAUGUUGUUGAUUCCUUGUAGGCAUUUAUCUAUGUGUAAGGAUUGUGAUGGGUUAAUUGGCGUUUGCCCCGUAUGCCAAUCUAUGAAAACUGAUAGUGUGGAAGUGUACUUGUCGUAAAUUAACACAACCCCCAUCCCAAAUUAAGUAAAAAUAACUUAAAUGUUAAAAAUAUUUUUAUGGGGAUGGGGGAGAUUGAAAAUUUGUGUGUGGAUCUUUUACCCUUUAUAAUAAUACUUACUGAGUGAUGGUUUUAAGG